CUUCGCUGUGUUCUGUCCGAAAGUGAGCGUACUCGAGUGAAGAUGGUCGUCGCCGUCGCGCUGUGAAGAAAAAUUAGUGCCGUGUGUGAAAAAGAAAAAGUUGAAACUUUCAAAGGAAAAUCGAGGAAAAGUGUGUUUUUCGGCCAUAUUUACGGUGAAAAAUUGAAAGCAAUCGUGUGAGUGCAAUUUACGGUCGCAUUAACAAUCAAAAAGUACCGUUUAAUCGAAGAAAUCGAUCGAUUAGAAGUGUUUUUGAUUACAGUUAUAAAAUAAAGCGACAAAGGAUUCAGUUAUACUGCGGACGGCGUACUAAAUGUUGAAGCGACCGAAGUUUCUUUUACAUCCCGCUAGGAGCUCGCUCUCCAGGACAGUAAGCUUCUAGCCAUGACGACUGACAUCUCGGUAGUGCGGUGGGAUCCCAGCCAGGGCCCAGGUCAGGAGUACAUCGACGAAUACGAAUACGACGGAGGCAACUCCAGUUCACGCCUUUUCGAGCGGUCGCGAAUCAAAGCUUUAGCGGAGGAACGCGAAAGUGUCCAGAAAAAGACAUUCACAAAAUGGGUCAACUCGCAUUUGGUGCGGGUUAACAGUCGAAUAGGUGACCUGUACGUUGAUAUGCGGGACGGCAAAAAUCUAAUCAAACUAUUGGAAGUAUUAUCCGGUGAACGUUUGCCUCGGCCGACCAAGGGUAAGAUGCGUAUCCACUGUCUGGAAAAUGUAGACAAAGCUUUGCAGUUCCUACGAGACCAGCGGGUUCAUCUUGAGAAUAUUGGUUCCCAUGAUAUCGUUGACGGUAAUGCCAGUCUGAAUCUAGGUCUUAUAUGGACCAUCAUUCUGCGAUUCCAGAUCCAAGAUAUUACAAUCGAAGAGACCGACAACAAAGAAACAAAAUCUGCGAAGGAUGCUUUGCUGCUCUGGUGUCAGAUGAAGACAGCUGGGUAUCACAAUGUGAAUGUGCGUAAUUUCACCACUUCUUGGCGAGACGGGCUUGCAUUCAAUGCAAUCAUCCAUAAGCAUCGUCCGGAUCUUAUCCAGAUCGAAAAGCUGACAAAGAAUAACCCUAUCCAGAACUUAAACAAUGCGUUCAAUGUCGCGGAAGAGAAACUUGGCCUGACCAAAUUGCUGGACGCCGAAGAUGUGUUUGUCGAGCAUCCGGACGAAAAAUCCAUCAUCACGUAUGUCGUUACGUACUAUCACUACUUUAGCAAACUGAAACAGGAAACCGUACAAGGCAAACGUAUCGGUAAGGUGGUCGGAAUCGCCAUGGACAACGAUCGUAUGAUCAACGAGUACGAAUCGCUGACCAGUGAGCUGCUGAAAUGGAUUGAAGUAACUAUCGUUCAGCUAGGUGACCGUCAAUUUGCCAACUCGUUGGUCGGUGUACAGCAGCAAUUGGCACAAUUCUCUAAUUACCGCACAGUCGAAAAACCUCCGAAAUUCGUUGAAAAGGGCAACUUGGAGGUGUUGCUGUUCACCCUUCAAUCGAAGAUGAGAGCAAACAAUCAAAAACCGUACACCCCCAAGGAGGGCAAAAUGAUUUCUGAUAUCAACAAAGCCUGGGAACGGUUGGAGAAGUCGGAGCAUGAGCGAGAGUUGGCACUUCGCGAAGAACUUAUCCGCCAGGAAAAACUUGAGCAGCUAGCAGCUCGCUUCAACCGCAAGGCAACGAUGAGAGAAACGUGGCUUUCUGAAAAUCAACGCCUGGUCAGUACAGACAAUUUCGGUUUCGAUUUGGCAGCCGUGGAGGCUGCAGCCAAGAAGCAUGAGGCUAUCGAAACUGACAUAUUUGCUUACGAAGAACGUGUACAGGCAGUGGUUGCCGUUUGCAAUGAACUGGAAGCCGAAAAGUAUCAUGAUAUUGAAAGAAUUGCAGCUCGUAAGGACAAUGUGCUUCGAUUAUGGAACUACUUGCUUGAGUUAUUGAGGGCUAGAAGAAUGCGUUUGGAGUUCUCGAUCCAGUUACAGCAGAACUUCCAGGAAAUGAUCUACAUUUUGGAUUCCAUGGAAGAAAUCAAGCAGCGUUUGUUGACCGAUGAUUAUGGCAAACAUUUGAUGGGCGUAGAAGAUUUGUUGCAGAAGCACUCACUCGUUGAAGCUGAUAUAAACGUACUUGGUGAACGAGUUAAACAAGUUGUUCAGAAUUCACAGAAAUUCUUGGGAGACGAAGAAGGAGGGUACAAGCCUUGCGAUCCCGCUAUUAUUGUGGAUCGUGUACAACGUCUUGAAGAUGCUUAUGCCGAGCUGUGCAAGUUAGCUGUCGAGCGACGUUCACGGCUGGAAGAAAGUCGUAAGUUGUGGCAAUUUUACUGGGAUAUGGCUGACGAAGAGAACUGGAUUAAGGAAAAAGAGCAGAUUGUGUCUACUGACGAGAUUGGCCAUGAUUUGACUACUGUAAACCUUUUGCUGUCGAAGCACAAAGCUCUGGAGAAGGAAAUUCAUUCGCAUGAGCAGCAGUUGAUGGAUGUAAGUACCGUUGGAGAUGAAUUGGUUCGUCAAGGACACUUUGGAGCCGAUCGCAUUGAUGAACGUCUCAAAGAGAUUUUGUCUAUGUGGAAUAAUCUAUUGGAUCUGACUGUUUCUCGCCGCAAGCGUCUUGAGAAUGCGGUGGAUUAUUUCCAAUUGUUUGCCGAUGCCGAUGAUGUAGACAAUUGGAUGCUCGAUGCAUUGCGCUUGGUUUCUUCCGAGGAUGUUGGUCGAGAUGAAGCAAACGUGCAGAGUUUGUUGAAAAAGCACAAAGAUGUUGCGGAUGAGCUGAAAAAUUACGCCGAGACCAUUGAACAGCUGCAUACUCAGGCCGAAAAUUUGAUUCUGAAUGAACCAGAGCAACAGAAGGUUCAGGAACGUCUCGCUGCGAUUGAUGCUCGUUAUAAGGAACUUAUGGAACUGGCUAAGCUUCGAAAACAGCGAUUGUUGGAUGCACUCAGUCUGUACAAGCUUAUUUCCGAGAGUGAUGGUGUAGAACAAUGGAUCGGCGAGAAAGAACGCAUGUUACAGACCAUGGUUCCAGGCAAAGACAUCGAGGAUGUUGAGAUAAUGAAACACCGUUAUGAUGGCUUCGAUAAGGAAAUGAAUGCCAACGCUUCCCGUGUGGCUGUCGUCAACCAGCUUGCUCGCCAGCUAUUGCAUGUUGAACAUCCCAACUCAGAAGAGAUUAUCGAGAAGCAAAACCACUUGAAUCAAAGCUGGUCGAAACUACGAGAUCAAGCUGAAAGUAAGCGCGAUGAAUUGAAAUCCGCUCAUGGUGUACAAACCUUCUACAUCGAAUGUCGUGAAACGGUGUCCUGGAUUGAAGACAAGAAACGUAUUCUUACUGAAACUGAUAGUCUCCAGAUGGAUUUGACUGGCGUCAUGACUCUGCAGCGUCGUUUGAGCGGAAUGGAACGCGAUCUUGCUGCUAUUCAAGCCAAGCUAACUGCUUUGGAAAGUGAAGCCGAUGCUAUUGAAGGAGAGCAUCCGGAAGAAGCAGCACUGAUCCGUGAAAGAGUAGCCCAGAUUCAAGUGAUUUGGGAACAGCUUACUCAAAUGCUGAAGGAGCGUGACUCGAAAUUAGAGGAAGCUGGUGAUCUGCAUCGUUUCCUGCGCGAUCUUGAUCACUUCCAGGCCUGGUUGACCAAGACUCAGACGGAUGUGGCUUCAGAGGAUACACCAACGUCGCUUCCUGAGGCUGAAAAAUUACUGAACCAGCACCAGAGUAUACGCGAGGAGAUCGACAAUUAUACCGAAGAUUACACUAAGAUGAUGGAGUAUGGCGAAGGGCUUACCUCAGAACCAACCCAAACCGAAGAUCCACAAUAUAUGUUCUUGCGUGAGCGUUUAAGGGCUCUAAAGGAUGGUUGGGAAGAAUUGCAUCAAAUGUGGGAGAAUCGUCAGGUCUUGCUGUCGCAGAGCUUGGACCAACAGUUGUUCAAUCGCGAUGCUCGUCAGGCAGAAGUACUACUGAGUCAACAAGAGCAUGUUCUCAGCAAGGACGAUACUCCGGUUAAUCUAGAACAGGCGGAGAAUCAACUGAAACGUCAUGAGGCUUUCCUUACUACCAUGGAAGCGAAUGAUGAGAAGAUCAAUACAAUUGUGCAGGUGUCGGAGCAGUUGGCUGAAAAGCAACAUUUUGAUUCGGAUAAGAUUGGAAAGCGUGCCGAAAGCAUUGCUCACCGGCGUGAUGACAACCGCAACCGGGCGAUUGAACUGCAUGAGAAAUUGAAGAAUCAGGUUAAGUUGCAUGAAUUCUUGCAGGAUAUUGAAGAACUGACUGAAUGGGUUCAGGAGAAAUACAUCACUGCACAGGAUGACACGUACCGAAGCGCCAAAACCGUGCACAGCAAGUGGACCCGUCAUCAAGCAUUCGAAGCGGAGAUUGCUGCCAACAAAGAACGUCUUCACGAAGCCCAGAAAGCUGCACAGGAGUUGAUGGUAGAGAAACCAGAAUUCAAAGAAAUCAUCGAACCUAAGUUACACGAUUUGGCCAAAAACUUUGAUGAGUUGGAAACCAGUACCAAGGAAAAGGGAGCUCUUCUCUUUGAUGCCAAGCGUGAGGUUAUCGUCCAACAAAGUGCUGAUGACAUCGAUUCCUGGAUGGAUGACCUUGAGAAACAAAUCAUCAAUCCUGAUACGGGCAGUGAUUUAACUUCAGUGAACAUUCUAAUGCAGAAACAGCAAGUCAUUCAAACUCAGAUGGCCGUUAAGGCUCGUCAGGUCGAAGAACUUGAAAAACAAACAGAAGUUCUUACCAAGACGAUUCCCCAGGACGUGGUGGAGCCCAUUGUAGAAAAGAAACAAGCUGUCCACGAUCGUUUCGAAAAAAUAAAAGCUCCACUACUCGAACGCCAGCGUCAGUUGGAGAAGAAGAAGGAAGCCUUCCAGUUCCGUCGAGAUGUCGAAGAAGAAAAGCUAUGGAUAGACGAAAAGAUGCCUCUGGCCAAUUCUCAGGAAUACGGCAAUUCACUUUUCAACGUUCAUGUACUAAAGAAAAAGCAUCAAUCGUUAAACACCGAAAUCGAUAAUCAUGAACCGAGAAUUAUGACUAUUUGCAAUAAUGGCCAGAAACUAAUCGACGAGGGGCAUGAAGACGCUUCUCAAUUCGCUGAUCUGAUUAGUCAAUUGACUCAAAAAUGGCAAGAACUCAAAGAUGCAAUUGAUAACCGUCACAAACAGUUGGAUCAAUCCGAGAAGGUGCAGCAAUACUUCUUCGAUGCUGCUGAAGCUGAAUCAUGGAUGAGCGAACAAGAACUCUAUAUGAUGGUGGAGGACCGUGGUAAGGAUGAGAUUUCCGCACAGAAUCUGAUGAAAAAACAUGAAACAUUGGAACAAUCGGUUGAGGAUUACGCUGAUACCAUCCGGCAGUUGGGAGAAACUGCGCGUCAACUGACUGCUGAGCAGCAUGUAUACAGCGAUCAGGUGUCCGUGAAACAAUCCCAACUGGAUAAAUUGUAUGCCGGUCUGAAAGACUUGGCCGGCGAGCGCCGUGCUCGACUGGAUGAAGCUCUGCAACUGUUUAUGUUAAACCGUGAAGUAGAUGAUCUUGAACAGUGGAUUACCGAGCGUGAACUAGUGGCAGGAUCGCAUGAACUUGGCCAGGAUUACGAUCACAUUACACUGCUAUGGGAACGGUUUAAUGAGUUUGCCCAAGACACUGCUGCCGUCGGAAGUGAACGAGUAGCUAAGGCUAAUGGUAUUGCAGAUGAUCUUAUUCAUGCAGGACAUUCGGACAGUGCAACGAUAGCUGAAUGGAAGGAUGGUCUGAACGAAUCUUGGCAGGAUCUGCUGGAGUUGAUCGAAACCAGAAAAGCUAUGUUAGCAGCUUCUCGUGAACUGCACAAAUUCUUCCAUGAUUGCAAAGACGUCCUGGGUCGCAUAAUUGAGAAGCAACAUGGUGUUUCGGAUGAGCUGGGACGUGAUGCAGGAUCUGUAUCGGCGCUACAGCGCAAGCACCAGAACUUUAUCCAGGACCUAAUGACACUUCAUUCGCAAGUACAACAAAUUCAGGAGGAAUCUUCGAAACUGCAGGCGGCUUAUGCAGGCGAGAAGGCACGUGAGAUCACCAACCGAGAGCAUGAAGUAUUGGCUGCUUGGGCAAACCUACAAGGAAUGUGUGACGCACGUAAGAACAAACUUGCUGAUACAGGAGACCUGUUCAAGUUCUUCAACAUGGUUCGUACACUGAUGCUUUGGAUGGAAGAUGUUGUACGACAGAUGAACACAUCUGAAAAGCCACGUGAUGUGUCUGGCGUUGAACUGCUUAUGAACAAUCAUCAGAGCUUGAAGGCCGAAAUUGAUACUCGUGAAGAUAAUUUCUCUGCAUGUUUGGCACUAGGUAAAGAGUUGCUAGCUAGAAAUCAUUACGCUUCCGCCGACAUUAAGGAACGUUUGCUGCAGCUGACCAAUAGCAGAAAUGCCCUUCUACACCGGUGGGAAGAACGUUGGGAGAAUCUUCAAUUGAUUCUUGAAGUAUAUCAGUUUGCUCGUGAUGCAGCUGUCGCUGAGGCUUGGCUUAUUGCACAAGAACCGUAUCUAAUGUCAACCGAGCUUGGACACACAAUCGACGAGGUCGAAAAUCUAAUCAAAAAGCAUGAGGCGUUCGAAAAAUCCGCUGCAGCACAAGAGGAACGUUUCAGUGCUUUGGAGCGAUUGACAACGUUUGAGCUCAAAGAAAUGAAACGUCGCCAGGAAGCAGCCGAAGAAGCCGAACGUCAACGUUUGCAAGCGGAAGCUGAGGCGAAGGCUGCUGCAGAAGCGGAAGCCGAAGCAGCACGACAAGCCGAAGCGGCAGCACGGGAUAUGGCCGACGCGCCAGGUUCGCCACAUUCCACACGGGAACAAGAAUCAGUCACUAUGCGAGCAACUUCACCUGUAGAAAAAGAAAGACCUCUUUCCCAGCCAGUGCAUGCAAAAACUAAACCUACUAGAGAAGCAGCCACGCUUAAGCAAGUUCCGAGAACGACAAGUUCAAGAACUGGCACACUGCCAAAGUAUCCUUCUACCGGAACUGUAAAACCCAGCACCAGUACCCCGAGGAGGCACUCAACGACACCCAAAGAGCGAUCUGCCAGCACAGCCAGUGCCUCGGCAUCCAAAAUCAGUCGAAGAUCUCGCUCCAAGAGCCCAUUCCGAAGCUUCCGCUGGAAGCGUGGCAGUUCCAAAGCGGAAGUAUCCGACGACGAAGGAGAUCGCCCAAGCCCGGGAGGAUCCGACGAGGGAGUUCAAGAAGGUAUUCUGACUAGGAAACACGAAUGGGAAUCCACGACUAAGAAGUCGACGAACCGAUCAUGGGAUAAGGUAUACAGCGUUGCCCGUAACGGACGCCUAGGAUUCUUCAAGGACCAGAAAACAUCCAAAUCGGUUCCUGAGCAGACUUUCCGUGGUGAACCACCACUAGAGUUGAAGGGAGCUCAAAUAGAAAUUGCUACAGAUUACACCAAGAAGAAAAAUGUGUUCAGAAUAAAACUCUCGAAUGGCGGGGAAUUCCUGCUCCAGUGUCACGAUGACGCCGAAAUGAACCAAUGGGUAACUGCUUUGAAAACCCAGUGCGAGCUUGACGCUAGCGGCGAAGGGCGUUCGCUUACGCUGCCCGCGUCAUCACAAAAAGAUGAACAAAAGAGACGGUCAUUCUUUACACUGAAGAAAAAUUAAAAUCUUUACAAAAACAUACAUGAUCCGAUAUCGACACAUCCAAGCAAAACGAUUGAGAAUGAUCAGCAAAAUACCUGUACUAAACCCAAUUGGACAACCUUCUUCUGUUUUAAUUAGUUGAUAGCAAAAGUUUAAGUACGUACUCUACACAGCAAACAACAGCAAAAAUUGUAAACCAUGCGCAACUAUUGGAGCAAACUACGAACUAACAUUACUCAUUUUGACUAACCUUUAUAUCUCACUUUACGCAAGUCAGGAAAGUUAAUUACGAUUCGAAAUGAGUAGCAUUGAUAAUCUCAGCUUAGUCCAGUGAUCAACAUCAGCAGCACAUAUUUUAAAGAUAACGAUUAUGCGAAAUAAGUUGGAAGUAUUCCGUGUCCAAUAGCACUUUCAUCUUCCCAUCAUCAUCACAUCAUAGCGAGAUAUAGGCCAUCUUUUACGUACCUAUCUAUAUAAGAACUUCGCAAAAUGAACAGCGUCUUCGCAAAACAAGCUAGAAAAGUAAAACUGACAUUUAAGGUACAACAAAAUGUUUAGAUAAGUGAACAAAAAUUGUUGACUAAAUUACCAGCAUAUGAGUAUCGCUCCACUAAAGCUGAUUUGGAACCAAAUUAUAACUUCCUACAAGUGUAAGAACCUGACGAAAAGAAUAAUUUUAACAACAAUCUGUAUAGAACAAGUAUCUAUAAAAUAAAAUGUUUAUUUAUUUUAUGCUAUUGAUCGAAAGAAGGCAAACAAAAUCUUUAUCUUACCAGUCGACUCUUCGGUUUCGUUUCGCGAGAAAAGAAAUUGGAAGAACGCAACGUACAGCCCAAAGGCCAGUAUCUAGUUAAAGAGAAAAAAGAUAGAAUAGAUUAUAUUGUUUUCGCAAUAAAAGAUCACAAAAUGUGACAAUACCAGCGGGAGAAAUUUAAUAACUAUCCAUCCGCUGGUUGGCAAAAAUGAGCGCUUGUCUAGAAUAUUUGUUUGGCUUAAUUUUAAAAGUUUCCAUUUGUUUCUUACACUUGCCGAACAAUGUGCAUAGGUGUAAUGGAGUGCUUUUUAUUUGCACAAAGUUUGGACGAUAGCAAAUGAUAGCAAAGCCAAUUCAAUUAGAACAGGAACACCACCGAAGGAGUUUGAUUGGGUAUUGUUUUCCGAGGAACAAAUAAACACAAUCCUAUUUUCUUUUUUCAAUUCUAGGAGAAGGAAAAUUAGAUCUAAGCAGCUGUCAAACAUUUUAAUUUCAGUUUGUCUAGGUUUUAAGCUUACAAUGAAUGAAAAGGAAAUAGUUGUACUAUUUAUCUUAUAGAGAUAUAAAAUAAAUCGGCCGAUGCGUUUUCGAUUGUCAGAGCAGCUAAGAAAAAGAGAAUGCAAAAAUACAAAAGCUUGUUAAAGUUUCAGCACCGGCCCUUUAUUAGUUUACGAUAAGGACAAUGCUGAAUAAAAACUGUAACUGCAAUAUCAUAAAACGAAGAUAUUUUCAAUAUUUGGACAAAAGGCAACAAUUGUUUUGAGUAAAUUGGUCAAAAAUGAAUAUAAAUUAUUGGUUAUUUUAAGAUCGUAAUGCACAUUAUUUAUUUUAAUAUUUUCUAAUGUAGUAAGUAUUAAAUACAAAACGGAGCGCUAGAAAAAAAAAUGAAAUAAAAAGCAAGAGAAAUUUAUUAUAUUAGAACGCUAUGUAAAAGCAAAUUUGUUUUAUACAACAAAAAUAUAAUCAAUCAAGUAUAUUUUUUAAACUGCCAGCUUGUGAGUAAAUACAAAAAAUAAACAUCUAUUACAACUAUUA